AUGCACUUUUUCAGCGGGGCCCGAGGGCCACUCCAGCUUUACAAGUCCAGCAAGGCCACCAACGCCUUGCUCAUUCUGGCCUCGUGCAUAUUCGCAACUACUACCGGAUAUGACUCCGCACUCAUAAACGGCAUCAACAUCAUACCUUCAUAUACAGCGACUUUGAAGCUCACUGUAGCUACCAAGUCCCUGAAUACAGCCUCAGCAUUCCUCGGCUGGGCCAUCGUGUCCACUUUCAUGGGCCCGGUUGUGGAUCGCGUUGGUCGCCGUACUGGCGUCUUGAUCUCAAUCUGCUUCAAAUUCAUCGGCACGGCCUUGAUGACAGGAGCCCAGGGGGUUGCCAUGUUUGUCGUUGGGCGGAUGAUUCUGGGAGCUGGCGCUGGCACAUCACCGAUUGCUGCUUCGACGUACUUCCUCCUUUGGCUAUCAUAUGCAGGUGUGAAAUGGCUGGCCGAAACACUUCCCAAGCACACCCGCGCAUCUGGGUUAAGCUUCAUCUACUCGGUCUUCUAUGUCGGCUCCUUGAUCGCCGCAGGGGUGACCUAUCGAACCGCCGAGAUCCCAGGCUCAUGGUCCUGGCGAGUUCCAUGCCUCCUUCAGGCCCCUUUUAGUAUCUUCUGCCUGAUAAUACUUUUCUUUGUGCCGGAGUCUCCGCGGUGCUCUCGAAAGAGGCUAUUGCUUGUGGUGUCGGUGGCUGUUCUUGCCAUGUCGAGUGGAAACAAUCUGGUCACGUUCUAUUUGGGCGACAUUCUGGAUAACGCAGGCAUAACCAAUUCAACCACGCAGCUCAAAAUCUGUCUUGUUGUCGCUUGCCUCGGAACGUGGCUCGUCGACCGCGCUGGACGGAAAAGAAUGUGUCUUGUGUCAGUAGCAGCCAUGACCAUAUUUAUUUUCUUGGUCGGCGCCUUCACAAAGCUCUAUGGCAGCGGCGGCAACAACUCGGGAAUCUACGGCAACGUCGCAAUGAUCUUCCUGUUCCAAGCCAGCUACGCCAUUGGCAUCACACCUUUGACACUCCUCUACCCACCGGAAGUCCUCAAUUUCUCCAUUCGGAGUAACGGAAUGGCCGCGUGGACCUUUGCCGUUACUUGUGGCGGAAUCUUCAGCGUAUUUGUUUGGCCCUUCGCGCUUAAUGCACUGGGAUGGAAAACAUAUAUGAUCUAUGGGGCUUGGGACGUCGUGCAAUUUUGUUUUGUGGCGAUUUUCUGGAUUGAAACCAAGGGGCUAUCGCUCGAGGAGAUCGAUAGGAAGUUUGAGAAGUUAGAUUCUGCUCAGGCGACCCAUUUGGAGGGACUCGAGGUUGAGGGCAAGGUCAUUGUUGAUGACACGAAAGAUAAGCUUGAAUUUGAGUCUCGGUGA